AGGGACAAAGACAAAACUCAGCAGAAAGUAAAAUUUGUUUGGGGAAUGGCCGAACCGAUUGGAGCAGAUUUUUUUUUUUUUUAAUCUGGUUUAUGGAGAGCUUUUCUUUUAUAGAUUCGGAUGAGUGUUUUAUAGUAGGAAUCCUAGACGCACCACCCUGACGAGCACGGCGGAAGUCUCCCGCGUGGAUUGGAAAGAAAGGAAAUGGGGCUGGGGGAUAUCGAAUUAACUCCCUUUAUUUGGAACCUCGGAGCGUGCGCCCUUCAUCCUUCUCCCAAGACUGGUAUAUAAGGGCUGUCCCCAGCCCUCCCCUGUCACUGCACGGCUGUUGUUCGUGACGCUUUUGUCCAUCGCCCCGGCACAAGAGGAAACCUCGCAAUGCCACUCUCCGCCAAGAUGGUUUCGUUGAUGCUGCUACUCUUGGUGCUGUCUGCCUCACUUGCCGCUUCCAACCAGGUGCACAUAUGCGUAGAGAACUGUGCUCAAUGCAAGAGGAUGCUCGGGGAUUACUUCCACGGCCAGCUCUGCGCCGAGACCUGCGUGGAACUUGGAGGAGCCUCCAUCCCGGAUUGUCAGGACGUGGACAGCAUUCGGCCUUUCCUCGUCAAGGCGGACCUCGUGUAGUUCGGGGCACCAAAAGACGUGAUGUUGACGCAUAUCUCAAACUACUGUAAUCA